AUGCACGUAGGCAUUCUCAACAUUCUCCUGGCGCUCGGCUCUGCCACUCCUCUCACCACCUCCUAUCCCAAGCCGCUCGUAUCCCGCUACACCAAGAACGUGAAGAAACCCCCCGGAUCCGACAAGGUUGGAUGGUGUGACCGCCGUGCCGGCCGCACCAACUAUGAUACAUGUCACGUUAUUGAGAAAGUCACAGGCCAAGGCUCGUCGCCCUGCCACAAGAUCGACAACGGUGGCUCCCCCGAAAUGGGUAUUUGGCCGUCCGUCGAUGUCGAAUGCACCAUGUUCGAAAACGACAACUGUAAGUACCGCAUCAAAAGGGACGGUAAGUGGAUUGACCAGCAGACGCGCCCGCUGAAAGGCUGGGGCUGGGAUGACAUGACGCAGUAUAAUUGGGGAAUUGAAGGGUUCCAAGGUGAUUCGCAUGACCACGGUCCAAAGAGCAUCUUCUGUUGGAUGAAAUACAACACAGUCGGUCUAGGUAAGGAGAGCAAUGCUGGGUUGGGGUGCCCAGCUGGAGGGCCGGUCUGUUGA